UAAGCCCCGCCGCCAGGUGACAGCUCUCGGCCGCCGCCGGGGCCCGAGCGGGCCGGGCUGAGGCGGCAGGGCCGGGCCGGGGGCGGGGGGCCGCGCCGCGGAGGGGCGGGAGGCCGCCAUCCCGGCGGGCGCAGCGAGUCCCGCAGGCGGCCGGAAACAUGGAGCGGGCGGCCGCGGCGGCCGGGCCGGCGGUGGAGGGCGGCGGUGUGAGCAGGCGAGCCGUGCGGGCGGGGGGCGCCGCGGCGGCGGGGGCAGGGUCGCGUCAGGCCAGCACGGAGACUCUGGACAGCCCAACUGGAUCCCAUGUGGAAUGGUGUAAACAGCUGAUAGCUGCAACCAUUUCUAGUCAGAUUUCAGGGUCUGUCCCAUCAGAAGGUGUGUCCAGAGACUACAGGGAGAUUCAGGAUGGACACAAUGGCUAUCAUUCUGAAGCAGAACCUGAUCAGGCACUGCGGGAUGGAAACAAACUAGCCCAGAUGGAAGAGGCUCCACUUCUUCCUGGAGAAUCAAUCAAAGUUAUUGCUAAAGAUGUUAUGUAUAUCUGUCCAUUUAUGGGAGCAGUCAGUGGUACACUAACUGUGACGGACUUCAGAAUGUAUAUCAAAAGUGUUGAAAGGGAUCCACCUUUUGUUAUUGAUGUUCCCCUUGGAGUCAUAAGUAGAGUUGAAAAAAUUGGAGUACAGAGCCAUGGAGACAACUCCUGUGGUUUAGAAAUAGUUUGCAAGGAUAUGAGAAAUUUGCGGCUGGCCUAUAAACAGGAAGAGCAGAACAGACUGGAGAUUUUUGAAAACCUUGUAACACGUGCAUUUCCUGUUUCUAAUGAUCUGCCUCUUUUUGCAUUCAGCUAUAAAGAAAAAUUUGCUGUUAAUGGCUGGAAAGUGUAUGAUCCAAUGGCAGAAUAUAAGAGGCAGGGCUUGCCCAAUGAGAGUUGGAAAAUAUCCAAAAUUAACAGCACCUAUGAGCUUUGUGAUACAUACCCUGCUAUUCUUGUUGUGCCAACCAGUGUAAAGGAUGAUGACCUCUCAAAAGUGGCAGCGUUUAGAGCAAAAGGCAGAGUUCCAGUGUUAUCCUGGAUUCAUCCUGAGAGCCAAGCAACAAUAACACGAUGCAGUCAGCCAUCGGUAGGCCCAAAUGAUAAGCGCUGCAAAGAAGAUGAAAAAUAUUUGCAGACAAUAAUGGAUGCCAAUGCUCAGUCACAUAAACUUAUCAUCUUUGAUGCCAGACAGAAUAGCGUUGCAGAUACAAACAAGGCAAAAGGUGGAGGAUAUGAAAGUGAAAGUGCCUACCCAAAUGCAGAGCUGGUCUUUCUGGAAAUUCAUAAUAUACAUGUAAUGAGAGAAUCCCUGCGUAAACUUAAAGAAAUAGUUUAUCCUACUAUUGAUGAGACUCGGUGGUUAUCAAAUGUGGAUUCCACACAUUGGCUGGAAUAUAUAAGGAUGCUUCUUGCUGGAGCAGUAAGGAUUGCAGAUAAAAUUGAAUCUGGUAAAACAUCUGUAGUGGUUCAUUGCAGUGAUGGUUGGGAUCGAACUGCACAGCUUACUGCGCUAGCUAUGCUUAUGCUGGACAGCUAUUACAGAACUAUCAAGGGGUUUGAAGUUCUUAUAGAGAAAGAAUGGAUAAGUUUUGGACACCGAUUUGCAAUGCGAGUAGGACAUGGAGAUGAUGAUCAUGCUGAUGCAGACAGAUCUCCCAUUUUCCUUCAGUUCAUUGACUGUGUUUGGCAAAUGACAAAGCAGUUUCCUGCAGCCUUUGAAUUCAAUGAGUUAUUUUUGAUCACCAUUCUGGAUCACCUUUACAGUUGUCUUUUUGGGACUUUCUUAUGCAACUGUGAAAAAGAGAGAUUAAAAGAGGAGGUAAGCACAAAGACUAUAUCGCUGUGGUCCUAUAUAAACAGCCAGUUAGAUGAGUUCACAAAUCCUUUCUACGUGAACUAUGAAAACCAUGUCCUGUAUCCUGUUGCCAGUCUGAACCAUUUGGAACUAUGGGUGAACUACUACGUCAGAUGGAACCCAAGGAUGCGGCCUCAGCACAUUGAGAUGAUGAUAAUUUAAAUAACAUGUGAAACAUGUCCUGAAGACCUGAAGAGCAAUGUCCCAACCCAUUUUCAGCCCAACAAACCUCUGUGUUGGCUCCUCGUGUGCAGCAAAGUAGGUCUUUGCUUUCCCCCCCCGAGUAUGGACAGGAGCGAUGGGGACCUGGCUGUAGUGGCCAGGUGUUGCCCAGCAGCCUUGCUGCAGCAGCACACUGAGAAGCUGGUGUUAGAAAGGAAAGGAUGUUCACUCUUCUGAAAAUCUGGUAUCGAUACAGUGAAGCAGAGCAGCAAAAAUUAACUUGAAUGUCACUGGGUGGUGGGUCCAGAGUCAUCUUUUGAGCUUCCACUCCUAAUUUGAGAGGCAGGAUGAGAGAGUAGAAAACAGUACGUCUGCUGUCAGACUCCCAACAGAUUCAUCUGAGUCAAAUCAAUUAUAUGAUGCCUUAACACGACUGUAGUAAAAGCUUGCCAUGGAGACAGUACUUGUGCUAUGCAAGUAUACACUUCUAGGGUUAAGGUGGUAACAAGAUCUUUAAAUAAACAAUCUUCUCCAAACAUCUUGUUCCUUACAGAAUCUGUCACUCUUCCACUUCCCUUUAUUCUAAACAGUGGCAGAGUAAAGGAGAACCUCGUUCACAGCAAGCCAUUACAGGUGUUAUUGUGAAGGUUGAUGGACCCAUUUCCUUCUGAAGAAGGCUUUGUUUGAGAGAGGGAUCCAUGCUGAAAUACAAUAGUGUGAAGGACAAAAAUGGAGAUAGUUAUCUGUAAGAAUUUGCACAGGAUGGUAUGAGGGAACACUGGCAGCAACAGGUCUGCCUAGGAAUAAGUACUUAGGAAACGUGGAAAUGAACUAAACCUCUUUAUUAUCUUAAUGUUUUUGUGAUAAAAUUUAUUUGAAGGUGCUUCACCCUCUUACCCUUCCUCCUCCUUCCAAGAUGGACAGAGGCUUCCAGAAACCUGUGUAAUUCCAGUUCUAUUUGAUUCUCUUAAUGUUUUCAUUUAUAAAAAAUAAAUACACAUGACUUGAGGCUGAGGCUUUGUUUUGGGCAUUUGCCCCCUUUUUCCCUCUAGCACCAUUGUCUAUCUUGUUGUUAUUUGAAUUUUUUGCUUUUUUCAAAAAAAGGGAAGUUAAAGUAGCAGAAUUGAAGACAUCUGGGAGAAAAUAGCUCCUCAUGCCAGGCUGCUUUUCAGGUCUUUUUGUAAGAACUUCCAUAAGACUUUUUUUGUAUCUUCCAGCUGCCUGUACUGCCUUUUUCUUACCCCAUGAGUAUGUGAUUUUAACAUAGACCUUUAUCAGUAAUAAAUCAGUCAUUGUCAGCUGCUUGAAAAUACUUUGAACGUGCUAAAGAUUUCUCUAGGCUGAACUAGACAUGUUAUUUCAUGAAAUUAGGGUAUGUGUUGCAAGUUUAUUGUGUGAAAUCUGUUUUUGGAAUUUUAUUGUUUUACAUCAAUGUGCAUUUACAUGAUGCUGUUAAACGUCAAGCAGCAAGAAGCUUUUCUGGAAAGACUUGACAUUGGAAAACCAUUUACGUUUACGCUACCAUAUGAAAUGGCAUGAUGAUAUUUAUGUAGAGUUGUCUUGCAGUGUUUGCAUCUAACAUGUACAUAUUAGAAGAUGGCCAAUAUUUUAAAGGUGAGCCUUUUUUUUCGCUUCCAUUAUAAGACCUUACUCUGCCUUGCUUACAGCUUUGCUGUACUCCAGUGAUGUGUGUUGGGUCACCAAGUACGUGUGUCUGAGUUGUUCAGUAAAAUUUCAUCCAAGCAGGCUCAGGUGCUUAUGAGAAUGUGACUAAGAAAGAUUUUUUCCCAUAUGAAAAUAUUGGUAUUGUAGACCUGUUUUGUUGGGGCGAGAAGCAGUUUUUCUGUAAAUAUUCCAUCUCUAGGGCAAAUAGGAGAUUUUAGUAAGAGAGAUUAUGUUUCAAAAAUGUGCCUGGUUGUAUCCUGGAAGAAAUUCAUCCAAUUAGGAGAUCUGACGCUGGAACAAUCUCAGUAAAUUCUCAAGGACUAAGAAUAAAUUAAAGGACUGAGAGAUGGAUUUGAUACAGAGUCUAUGAGAGAGUUGUGACUAAUGGGGAAUAGGAACUAAGAGUGAAUAAUGCUCUAGAGCGUUGGAGGGCUUGGCUUUCUGUUCAGCCCAUGGAAUACAGUCUGGGAAGGCAGGCUGGAGCGGGCACGGCUGCAAAGGACGAAUUGUCCUGUGUCUGAGGGAGCAGGAUGCUGCUCUGGAGAAAUGAAGUUUCUCCUUGCCUUUGCCACAGGAUUCCUCUUGUAAGGGAGAUCACCAGGAGCUGAGUGGUCACUCUGUGUGUGUUCCUUAUUCACUGGGCAUCCUGCUCAGUACCCCUGAGGCCAAAUUGCAGAAUUCCCCGAGUUCUCUGUUAAACCAAUUUGAGAUCCAAGGUAUGCAAAAUUAGGAGGUGCUUGCUUCAGGUCCUGGUCUAAAAGUGUUAGUACUCCCAUACCUCAUUAGGCUGCUGCAGAAAUAAAUUUGUUUCCUGACAUGAGAUGAAAGUACAGAAAAGGAAACUUAAGCAUUUUAAGUUCAGAAGAAUAAAUAAAGGAUGGGGUCAGACUCUGCAAAGAAAACCAAAUAUUGAAUAACUGUUCACUAAUUGAGUAGCAUCAAACUGUGCACUGAAUAAAUGAGGAAUACAAGGGGGAAGCUAGUGUUUUAAUGUUUAUUUAACCAAUGAUUUUAUACAGAAGUACAGGAAGACUGGAUUGAGUUUGGAGAAGUAAUCUUAAUUCUGACACUUCCUAAUUUUUUGAGAGCAUUUUUUGUAAUCUUAAUGUUGAAGUUUUUGUGUGACUUGAAUAAAUGCAGACUUUUAUAGUUAUUUAGCUAAUUUAUUUAAAGACAGUCCCGUUCUUUGAGAUGGACAUGUGGGCAGAACACCAUUUGCAUCAAUUUGAGUAUAUGUCUUGUUGAAUGAGGUUCUGGGAGAAUGCAGAAGAAGGAUUGAGAUGUGCAGCCACACUUUUCCUCCUCAAAGGAGUUUACACAACACACCAAAUUCUGCUGCAGCUUUUGU